AUGCCACUCCUAUUUACCAGACGAACAGGUAGCUCGCAGCCCGAGAAAACACUUUACAUCACCGAAUACGUUGAGCGCUUGGACGCUGGCAUUCUGACCCCCACCACUGCAUCCUUCAGAUUCAAGACCUACUUCAAGGGCCAUCCUCCUCUCUUCGUGAGCGAAGAACACCAGAUCAAGCGCUUCCGCGACCUCUGGACCUUGGCCAUUGGACAGCUUGCGGAAAAGUUUAAUCUGCCAGCCGACAGAGUCCGAGAGCUCAUUCGUUCAAUCCCUGCUCAACAGAAGCAAAGCGUCUUCCCCGAGGGUCAGUCUCCCGCUAUUGCUUCGGCAUUUCAUUCUUUUCCAGUGCAAAGCGCGCUUCUUCCCACCAUUCUCGAGGAAGUAGAUUGCAGUCCGGGAACCCAGCAGUGCAAGAUGGAAAAAAAGUCUUCGGAUACUCUCAAAGAUGCCGCCUCCGCCGCUGCUGACCGUCAGGCCAUUCGAAUGAAAAUGUUCAAGCACAUGCGGCCGGAAUCAUUUCCUCUCAGUUACCAUUGGGUAAUGUGGCACGACAGACUCAUCCCAAACAUGGGCAAAAGCACCUCUUCAGCGCCAACGUACCAUGACCGCCUGAGCAAUCUUGCGCAGAUCAGCGAUAUUCGAAAAUUUUGGGAAGUCGUCAAUAACCUCCCUCUGACAAACUUGCCUCUCAGGGAUACUGUCCACCUUUUCAAGCUAGGCACCGAGCCCGUCUGGGAGGAUCCACGCAAUGCGCGCGGUGGUUGCUGGACUUUUAGAAUUCCCAAGGCGCAUGGGCCGGAAUUCUUCAUCCAGAUCUUGACCAUGGCCAUUGGAGAUUUGUUCGAGGUCGAGCCAGGCGACGACAUUUGCGGCAUCAGCAUGUCUGUUCGGUUUACUUCUAAUCUCAUCAUGAUCUGGAACCGAGACUCGUCCAACCAAAAGUCAAUAGAUGGCAUUCUCGCACUCGUGCUUAGAGAGAUUCCAGAGCAUCUUCGUCCCAAAGAAGGCGGGUGUUACUAUAAGAAGCACUCAGAACACAACAGCUUCAAUAAAGAAUUGGCGGAAAGCAAAGAAGCUGCAAAGCGCCUCGCCAUGCCGAACGUUCCUUGA